AUGGCUGUUCUGUUCGGAAACAGAGACUAUGAUGACAUGAAGUACAAAGACAGUAAUUACUUAAUUGACAAAAUAGCUGAAAGACGGUCUGGAGCAGCCGAUCCACAGGAAGUCAGAGUCCAUAAUGCAGUGGUGCUGCUGGCAUGUGCCAGUGAAGAUAUGCAUGGGAUUUUUGUGUCUCUCUCUGGUUUGGAGUAUAGCUUCAGGCAUAGGAAGAGAACACAAGAAAGAAAAGCACACGGCAGUGCUAGCGACUGCAGCCAGCUGCUCAGAGACAUCUCUUCUUUUCCAGAGCUGCCUGCGAAGUCUGUGGAUCUGGCUGCUCUUAACUUGACCGAGCUGGUGAACAACAUGCUGGGCACAACUCUCAAGGGUUCCAAAAAUUUCUUCUCUUUGCUGAGUGUUACGUCUUACAGCUCUUUUGCCUUCCACAAAGUGUCAGUGACCAUUUAUAACAUUUCUAACCUGAAAAAUGUUGACCCUGGCAAGUUCCCUAUGCGUCAGUGCUACUGCUUGAACAACAUGACAAAUGACUUGACAGACUUUACAGCUUUACUUGUCGAUAUUCUUGGAAACUCCACCAGUUAUCUCACAGAAAUUUUCAAGUCUACUUCUAUUCUCUCAGCGAAUCAGAGCAACAAUUCAGAUUGUAUUUAUAUCUGCAUGAUGACAGGCCAAACAGGGAGAAAUAUGUCUGACUUUUGGGAGAUGCUAGACAAGUUUCCUGUUAUUAAUUACACAUUUUCCAGCAACACAUCUUCUGAUAUAGCUACGAGGAUUCCAAUUGCUCUUAAGGGGGAGGAAAUCCCUCCUACAAGAGUCCCAUCAUGGCCCAAGACAGCUGGUGUGAAAGGAUCAGGGUUUCAAUCACUGGAAAACUGGGAUGUGUGGAAAGCACAGGGCACGGCUGGAGCUGUGAAGGAGGCCACGGCCACAGUACCAGUCGCUGAAGUCUCUGCAGUUUGGACACAGUCAGUGCCUCCUCAAGAAAAAACCAAAUUGAUGCAAACAGAGCCAGUCUAUGGCAGUCAAAGAAGUAAGCGGAAGAAAAAAAAACACAUUUGUAUCUGUGGAGCCAUGAAGUUUGUAGAAAAAUCACAAGGCGAUAAGCUCCAUGAAUAUGAACUUUGGAAAGGUGUGGUCCCCCUUCAUCCAAAAUUUGUCAGUGUGGCUGCUCAGUGCUUUUGGCUACAAGUUCAUGCAAUACAGUCAGAAGCGGCUGUUCUCAGUCCCACCAUUGGAGCUGACACUGCUGCAGUGAGAAAUUCCAAAUUGAAUUCCACAAUAAGAUGGUGUCCACAGGCAAUCCUCAAAGAGUCCCUGGGGACUUCACCGCCAGUUACUGUUAUAACUCAAAAGAUAAAUCCUUGUGUCAUGGAGCUGUGUAGAUUUUUUCAGCUGUGCCUCUGUGUGAGUCAAAGAAGAUAUUCAAGGAAGGAAGCCAUGAGGUACUGUGUUGAAUACUAUUCCUGGUUCUUGAAAAAUGCCAGUUAUGUCUGUGAAAAAGUGAAAAGGGUCGCUUACUCCCAGACAUUAAAGCAAAAAUGUCUUGCAAACAUCUGUAAAUCUAUCUAG